CCGAAAACCUCAUUGUGAAGCUAUAAAGGCCAGCUAGUGAAAGGCACUGAAGAUGACAGGUACUGCGGCUUCUGCUUCUGAUGUCUUGAAGUCACUACUGAAUGAAUCACGUUCAAGCAACUUGCUCAGGCCGAGCUCAAAGGUGGUACGAGACAAACAGGUGACGCUUUCAAGCGGAAAGCGGAUCAUGUUACGUGCCAAAAACAAGGAGACGAAAGAAAAGGAGAAAAAGGCUGUUUUGGGCAUGGCUGCAGACGAAAAUACGCUUGAGUGCGUUAAUAUGCCGUUACUUUGGGAGAAACUACGAAUUGUGGAGAUAACAAAACGUGAACUUAACGCGUUUGAAAAGAGCAAAAAGCUGUUAGAAGAGAGCGGCAGAGAACUGCAAGAAUUAACUUCUAAUAAAGGGAAGAAGAUGAAGGUAAACAGCUUAUGGACAGAGAAAUACCGUCCGCGGAAAUUCAUUGAUUUGAUUGGUAAUGAAAGGGUCAAUGCAAGUAUACUCAAAUGGCUUGGUGAUUGGACGUAUGCCGUGAAGGGAGGCAAGUUGAUUGACAGUAACACUUAUGAUCGAAGCAUGCAUGUGGACCCGUUGAAACGUCCUCGAAAAAAGAUACUUCUCAUCCAUGGACCUCCGGGGAUCGGUAAGACCACGAUAGCACAGUGUGUGUGUAAACAGCUUGGGUAUCAGAUACAGGAGAUCAAUUCGAGUGACGAAAGGUCCGGGAUGGCUGUGAGGGAGAAAGUGAAGAAUGCGCUGAAAAUGAGGAGCUUGAGUGGCAAAGACGUGUGUUUGUUACUCGAUGAGAUCGACGGUGCUGCAGGCAACGAGAAUGGGUUCAUCAGGGUCUUAGUCGGCUUGUUGAACAAGGACAUCCGGGCUACUGAGGAGUGGAACAGCUUCAACAGGCUGAAGUGGAACAAGAGAGAGGAUUUCUUGAAAAGACCCAUCAUUGCGCUCUGCAACGACGUUGGUGCGCAUUGCUUGGACCAGCUGAAGCCGUUCUGUGAGAUUGUGCAGUUCAAAAAGAGCAGCAAGAAGAGCAUCAAGAAGCGGUUGAAAAUGAUCCUGGAGGCGGAGCGAUUGGGAGAGAUGAACGAGUCGCUUUUGGAUGAUCUGAUCAUCUCGCUGGACGGGGACAUCCGGAACUGCAUCAACUUUCUGCAAUUCAACUCGAGAGACCUGAACGGGCGGAUCAAGGACUCGGAGGUUGUGUGGUUCCAGCUGUUGAAGGACAUUUUCAACCUCGAGAACAAGAACGUGACCAACAACAAGAGCAAGAGCGAGAUCUUCCGAGACCUCAUGACGAAGCUGAGCAACUCGGCGAGCGACCUUAGCCGCAUCAGCAACGGGUGUUUCAACUUGAUGCUACAGGUGAACGAGGAGUACGGGGGCGGGAACCUGGCGAAGCUCGACGAGGUGUCCGACUGGCUCUACUUCGACGACGUGAUGGCCCAGCACUACCGGCACUUCGAGAGGGAGGAACUCUCCAUGUACGGCGCCAUCACGCCGCUCAAGUUUUUCAGUCUCUUUGCCAACUUCAGCGACGGGGGCUUCUACGACCGGCGGGAGAGGUUCAACUUCAAGUCGCAGGAGGACCACGACACCAGGCGGCGCGUCCACGACCUGGUCGGGUGCCUUGUGCCGCAGUACGGGUUUGCCGUGACCCGUGAGAGGCUUGUGAGCGACGAACUGGCGCUGUUGAACGCCAUCGUGGUGCCCACGGGGCGGCCUGUGAAGGAGCUGGAGCACGACGAGAGCCGGCUGCGCACCAUAGCGGGCGUUCUGGACGCCCUCAAGAUACGCAUCGACGCGGCGCCCGGCGGCAGCCGGGGCCGCUUUGGCCACCACGGCGGCGGCGGCAGCAGCAGCUACAUGGCGCCCCGCAGGUUCGGCCCGGACAUUGUGGCGGGCCUCGUCGAGAGCGCUGGAGCGGCACGCGGGGCCGUCGGUGGCGACGAUAAGCGGGCCAACUCCGACGCUGCCCGGGACACGGGCAGCCUGAACGAGGUGAGGGCAAUGCCGUACAUCCGAGCCAUUGACGAGUAUCUGGCGAGGAGCCGGCGGGGCGACGCUGCGGCCCGGCAGAAGCGGGAGCGGGAGGCAGACGCCGGCACGGGGGAGCCUGCCAUCAGGAAGCGGCCUGCCGGCGACGGCGCCCCCGCCCCUGCCGACCGGGAGGCCGUCUCGACAGUGGACUUCUUCCGCAAGCAGUACAGCAGCUUCCACGCCCAGCUGAACCACCCGGAGGGCGGGGUGACGGGAGGCUCAGCUGGGACGGCCACGGCUCCUGCCCGUGGCGCCGCGGGCGUGAUGCACAAGAACGAGAACCGUAUUUGGGUGAAGUACCACGAGGGCUUCAGCAACGCUGUGCGCAAGGAGAUCACGCUGCGCAGCCUGCUUACAUGAGGCGCGCGCGGACCGUCAUAGAACUGGAUAGAAUGUAACACUAACACUAGCACCAGCACUAGCACUAGUAGCCUGCUGAUAACGACGCCGGACG